GGCUGUCUUCAAAACACACAUCAAUUUCAUGUGAUUAGCCAUCGAUUAACCAUUUGUUAGCAAAUUGUGUGACAUUUGAAUUGUUUGAGUGAAUCAACGAAACAAAGUUGUCAUCAAUGGCUGGACCUAUGGCUCGCACUGAUUGGGACAGAUUUUGUCAUAAAGUGGAUAAAAACUUCUGGAAUGUUUGGAAAGACAUGAAUGAUUGGGGGAAAGGCGUCGAAAAGUUUUUCACUGACGGCCCCAUCACUCCGGUAUUCAAACUGGAGUUCAAUGGUUUGAAGUCGAGUGUGCGCCAAGAAUGGGACCAAAAGGCAAAAGAAAGCAAUGGUUUGAGAGAAGAGUUGUUGGCUUUGAAGGCAUCGAAACUUGAGGCGGAAGUGAAGGCAUUGAGGGAUGAGAUAAAAGACAGCAAUGAUAUGAAUGUAAAGGAUGUGAAAGACUUGAGACAAGAGUUGAUGUCUUUGAAGGCUUUAAACGAGACAAUGAUUUGUGAGAACAAAGAGUUGACUCAAGAGUUGAUGUCUUUGAACAUAAGUUGUGCGGAUUCUGAGUCUAAUUCAGAUGGAAAUGAAUCCCAGAAUUCAUUGAUUAAUACAUUUGGUGUGAAUAAUGGAGAGACAAAUGCUGUGGAAAUGUUGAAUGAAAUUCAAAGUAAAUUGAAAACAGCCAUCAGUUUAAUGAAUGGCAUGAAUGAAGAUAAAGACAAUGCGUUGACAGCACUCGAGGAGAUCCGUAAAGUGAUGGACAACACCGACACUGAAUCCACGGCCAGU